AUGGUUCGUCUCAGUCUAUUGGCACUUGCUGCCACCGCUCAGCUCUCAUACGCAUGGCUACCGAACGACGGUUCCAGGAAGCUGCUGGAUACCCGUGGUUUCAGCCUCUUUGACUCGCAAAACACCACCGUCGACGAGUCGGAUGGCAUUAGCAAGCGUUGGUGGACAGCCUCAGGCAAGAUCAGAGGCGUCAACCUGGGGUCUCUUUUCGUCUUUGAGCCCUGGAUCGCCAACAGCGAAUGGAGUAACAUUGGCUGUGGUGGUCAACAGUCUGAGUUUGACUGUGUCAUGAACACCGGCCAGGACAGAUCUGAUGCCGCCUUCCAGAAGCACUGGGAUACGUGGAUAACCGAAAGCGACCUUGAUGAGAUGAUGGGUUACGGCAUCAACACCAUCCGGAUUCCUCUUGGCUACUGGCUUGACGAAUCAUUGGUCGACAAGAACUCAGAGCACUUCCCAAGAGGAGCCUUGAAGUACUUGAUUCGCUUGUGUGGAUGGGCCAGUGAUCGUGGCUUUUACAUCAUCCUGGACCAGCACGGUGCCCCAGGAGCCCAAGUUGCGCAAAACUCGUUUACCGGUCAAUUUGCUUCAACUCCGGGCUUUUACAACGACUAUCAGUACGGCCGGGCGAUUCAAUUCCUCGAGUUCCUGAGGAAACUUGUUCAUGACAAUACCGAGCUUCGAAAUGUUGGCACUAUCGAGCUUGUAAACGAGCCCACGAACUGGGACUCAUCAGUGCAAUCCCUACGUAGCACGUUCUACAAGAACGCCUAUAACGCGAUCCGAAAGGUCGAGCAGGACCUCGGCGUGACGGCCAACAACUACGUCCAUAUACAGAUGAUGUCCUCGCUCUGGGGCUCGGGCAACCCGACUGAGUUCCUCGACGACACAUACUUCACCGCCUUUGACGACCACCGCUACCUUAAGUGGGCUAACAAGAACGAUGUACCCUGGACACACGAGAGCUACAUCUCGACGUCGUGCGCCGACAACCGCAACGGCGACGCUGCGGGGCCGACCAUCGUCGGCGAGUGGAGCAUCAGCCCGCCUGACGACAUCGAGAACUCGGACGACUGGAACCGCGACACGCAAAAAGACUUUUACACAAAGUGGUUCGCAGCCCAGGUGCUGGCGUACGAGAGAUCGACAGCCGGCUGGGUGUUCUGGACGUGGAAGGCGCAGCUUGACGCUGUGAUUGCAGGAGUUAUACCAACAGACCUGAACACGAUUGCGAGCUCAGGCGUCUGUGGCUAG